GAGCUGGAGCUCUUUUCAUGAAGCUCUCCUGCCAUCGAAAGCAUUUGCUCAUAUUGCUGGCACUAAAACAUUAAAAGAAACUUUGAGAAGCGAUGUGCAUUGUGAAGCUACCCGUAGUCCUCCUCAUGCUGUCUGUUGCAUUAAACCAUCUGAAAGCUACUCCUUUGGGAAGUUAUCAGGUGGAAAAACGGAAAUGCAAUACUGCCACAUGUGCCACACAACGCCUGGCAAAUUUUUUAGUUCGUUCCAGCAACAACUUUGGUGCUGUUCACCCGCCUACCUAUGUGGGAUCCAAUACAUAUGGCAAGAGGAAUGGAGUUGAGGUUUUAAACCAAGAACCACUGAAUUACCUACCCCUUUAG